UGGGGUGCUAGCGCUGGGGGCGGGCGCGCGCGCACGGUCACCGCAUGGGCUGCGAGGGACUUGGGGACCGGGCUGGCCCGCAGCGGGGAUCCUGGUGGCGUCUGGGGUGACUCAGCAGUGCAGGGGCCACGCGGGGAGCCGGGGCUCGGCCGCGGCCUGCAGGGAGGCUUGGGGUGCCGCUUGGAGAUGGGGGGCGCCGGGGCCCCGUCGGAGUGUGCACCUGGGCAGCAGCUGCCUCCGCCCGGACCCCGGCUGGCGUCUGGGGUCACCCUGGGGCGCGGGGGUGCGAGGCGGUGGCCGGGGGCCGGGGUGCGAGGCCUGGACGUGGAGCUGGGGCCGCAGGCAGCGGGGAGACGGCUUGGGCUGGGGUGCCGGGCCUGGGACAGGGCGGGGAGACAGGCAGGCCCCGUGGGAGCCGGCAGGAGGCCCUGGCUGGGGUCCCCAGGCCCACCCCCGACCCUGGCUGGAGUGGGGUCCCGGGUCUGUGCAGGCCGCAGCCCUGCACACCGUCUGCGGGGGCCGCUUGGGGGGAUUGUGGGCCUGGCGGGGAGCUUCCGAUUGGAAACGGCUGGGCGACUCGCGCUGCUGGGCUUGCUGUGGCGCAGGGUCCCGGCUAUGGCCGCGGCCACCAUCGUGCACGACACGUCUGAGGCGGUGGAGCUGUGCCCCGCGCACGGCCUGUACCUGAAGCCCAUCACCAGGAUGACCAUCAGCGUGGCGCUGCCGCAGCUCAAGCAGCCGGGCAAGUCCAUCUCCAACUGGGAGGUGAUGGAGCGGCUCAAGGGCAUGGUGCACAGCCACCAGUUCUCCACGCUGCGCAUCUCCAAGAGCACCAUGGACUUCAUCCGCUUCGAGGGCGAGGUGGAGAACAAGAGCCUGGUGAAGUCCUUCCUGGCCUGCCUGGACGGCAAGACCAUCAAGCUCAGCGGCUUCUCCGACAUCCUCAAGGUGCGCGCCGCGGAGUUCAAGAUCGACUUCCCAACGCGCCACGACUGGGACUCCUUCUUCCGCGACGCCAAGGACAUGAACGAGACGCUGCCGGGCGAGCGGCCCGAUACCAUCCACCUGGAGGGGCUGCCCUGCAAGUGGUUCGCGCAGAAGGAGUCGGGCUCGGAGAAGCCCAGCGAGGAGGUGCUGCUGCGCGUGUUCCGCAAGUUCGGGGAGAUCCGCAACGUGGACAUCCCCAUGCUGGACCCCUACCGCGAGGAGAUGACCGGCCGCAACUUCCACACCUUCAGCUUCGGCGGCCACCUCAACUUCGAGGCCUACGUGCAGUACUGCGAGUACGCGGGCUUCAUCCAGGCCAUGAGCGCGCUGCGCGGCAUGAAGCUCAUGUACAAGGGCGAGGACGGCAAGGCGGUGGCCUGCAACAUCAAGGUCUCCUUCGAUUCUACCAAGCACCUGAGUGAUGCGUCCAUCAAGAAGCGGCAGCUGGAGCGCCAGAAGCUGCAGGAGCUGGAGCAGCAGCGCGAGGCGCAGAAGCGCAGGGAGAAGGAGGCGGAGGAGCGGCAGCGGGCGGAGGAGAGGAGCACCAACCGCAUUCACACAUUGGGGAGCCACCGCCCGCGCCUGGGUCCCUCGAGCUCCCGCGCCCUCGGGCUGCUGCCUGGCCUAGCUACCUCCCCGUCCCCUGGCCGUCCCUGCCACCCGCCAUCCCUGUGGGUUUUCCUGAGGCCCGCAUCCCCCAGCAGCGGGAUUCACAUGCCCUCCCUUCUCUAG